AUGCAUAACCUUCUUUCAUUCCAACAGUAAGUGAUGUAGCUUAAUGUUAAGAGGACCUGUAUCUUCUGAAAAGAAUGCCACCAGAUGUAAAAUUCAAGUGACAAUGCAAUCAAAUGAAUUUUCAGAUCUUUCAAUAUACCUGACCCUGACAUUGCAGCAUCUGCAGUCCCCUAGUCCUUUGAAACAAUUUGCAAAGUAUUGGUCUCUAAAGCCCUUCUUUCAAGCAAAGAAUGGAAGUGAAAUUGAUGAUCCCAAAAUCACGUAAGCAAUGUUUUCUGAGUCUUGAGUGUUGCCAUUAAGCAGCCAAGCAUUACGGCCUGUUCAAAGGCACCAACCAGGCAUUGUUUACAUUGAGGCAUACCAGACUAUUUCCAUCAGGUCUGCAAGGAUCUUAACAACAGAUUUGGAUUCAUGGUAUAAGAUACCGAGGCUGGUGAGUGUGUAGACUGCAUUUGUAAAUUCUUCAAAUUUCAAGAGUCCAUAAAACCUUACCUUUCUCAGUUUUGGAAGUUGGUUCAGGUUCACUAAUCUUUGUUUUAUUGUGGGACUUUUUUGGGCAUUACAGCUGAUAGAUCUCUUGUUGUUUCUGAUAAAUUGGAGGUCAUGAAAAAAAGUUGUUGCAAAUCAUUCCCACCAUUUUUAUGAUAAUUUUCCAAGGAAAUGUUAGGUUUGAGCUUGUCCCUCCUAUGCGGACAAAAAGUCAUAUUUUAUUUGAUAAAGCCCAUCAUUUUUAGCACUUAAGAGACCUAAAUGGUUUGAUUUUGCAGAUGUGAAUAGAGAAAACAUAUAAAAAGGAAGAGAGUCAACAGAAAAGGAAGAAAAGGAAAAGGAAAACCAUAAAAGGAAGAGAAACUUGCAGCUGAACAUUCAUUAAACUGUUGUAUCGAGCUGGUUUUGUGUCUAAGAAUUCUCGAAACAGUGAUGGUGGACAUUGUGUUUGGAGAUCAGCAACAGACCUUUUUGAGCUUGGAAUGGUAGUUCUGUUUUGGUGACUUCUUUCUCACUAGUUCUCCAUUGUCUUGUUGCCUUGGGACUAUUUAUUUCUCUUGUUUGCUCUUUUUUUUUUUCUUUUUUUUUUUACCGUUAUUUCUUCCUUUUUGGUGUUGUUAUUGUGGAGAACCUUGUAAAACUUUCUCGGCCCUUCAGCCGAGAAAAUGAGAUAGUGGGCUACCUUUCUCGGC